CCAAAAACCAAAAAACCCCACCGAGAAAACUUCACUUUCACCAUCACCGCAGUCUUCUCCAUCCUUCAAUCUCCUUCCAUCCCCGAUCUCACUUCCUUCUUCUCUGUAACCAACAAGGUUAUAGAAAAGAAGGAGGUCUCCUUUUCUCAAUCGCUCUCUCGAUCAGCAGCAAUGAGAACCAUAAGGUGCCAGCUUCUCCUACUUUCCGCCGCCGUGGUCUUGCUCUGUUCCGCCGUCGUUUUCGUCAGCGCCGGAAAUCCCAUCAGGAACUUCGAGUGGACUGUCACUUACGGCCAAAUCCAGCCUCUCGGCGUCAAACAACGGGGGAUUUUGAUUAAUGGCAAAUUCCCAGGCCCGACGAUUCAAGCCGUCACCAACGAUAAUCUCAUCAUCAACGUCCACAACCACCUCGACGAACCUUUCCUAAUCUCCUGGAGCGGGAUUCAGAACAGGAAGAACUCGUACGUGGACGGAGUCUACGGCACGACUUGCCCGAUCCCGCCGGGCCAAAACUACACGUACAAGCUUCAGGCGAAGGAUCAAAUCGGAACGUAUUACUACUUCCCUUCCCUCGGCUUCCACAAGGCCGCCGGUGGGUUCGGCGCAAUCAAUGUCCUCAGCAGGCCGAUGAUCCCCGUGCCGUUCGCUCCGCCGGCCGACGACAUCAAUGUCCUCGUCGGAGACUGGUACAAAACCGACCACAAGGCUCUGAGAGCUAAGCUCGAUAGAGGUCACAAAAUUGGUCUCCCUCAUGGCGUUCUGAUCAAUGGUCACGGACCUCGUUCCCCUCCCACUUUCACAUUCCAAUCUGGAAAGACGUACAGGUUGAGGAUCACAAACGUCGGGUUGCAGAGCUCGUUGAAUUUCAGGAUUCAGGGGCACGACCUGAAACUGGUUGAGGUGGAAGGAACCCACACGGUCCAAACGGUGUAUUCCUCGCUGGACGUCCACGUCGGACAGUCGAUGUCGGUUCUCGUGACAGCAGAUCAGCCGGCGAAGGACUACAGGAUCGUCGUGUCGACUCGUUUCGUCAAGAAGGUCCUCACUUCCACCGCGACUCUACACUACGAGAACUCCGAUGGACCUGCCUCCGGCGAAAUCCCGAAUUCGCCCAAGAAGAUCAGCUGGUCCAUCAAACAGGCCCUUUCCAUCAGGACGAAUUCGACUGCGAGUGCAGCGAGGCCGAACCCACAGGGCUCGUACCACUACGGACAGGUGAACAUUACGAGGACGAUCAUCCUGGAGAGCGCGGCGGCUCAGGUCAAUCGGAAGCAGAGAUACGGGAUCAAUGGAGUCUCGUUUAUUCAUCCCGAUACUCCGUUGAAGCUGGCGGAUCACUUCAACAUUCCUGGAGUGUUUCAGGUCGGCAGCAUUCCUUAUGCGCCUCCCGCGCAGCCGAGGAAGCUUCACUUGAAUGCUUCGGUGAUGGAGACCGAUUACAGGACGUUUGUGGAGAUUGUGUUUCAGAACCGUGAGAAGAUCGUACAGACUUAUCAUAUCAAUGGUCACUCCUUCUGGGUUGCAGGGAUGGACUUGGAGACCUGGAAGCCGGAAAGCAGGAAGGGGUACAACCUCAACGAUGCCGUCUCACGAUACACUGUACAAGUCUAUCCGAGGUCAUGGACGGCCAUCUUCGUGGCACUCGACAACGUAGGAAUGUGGAACGUGAGGUCGGAGUAUUGGCAGAGACAAUAUCUUGGAGAACAGUUUUAUCUAAGAGUCUUCACCACUUCGAACUCGUUAAGGGACGAGUACCAAAUGCCAGAGGACUCUCUCCUAUGCGGCAGGGCCAAGAACAUGAAGCCAUAAAGUUCCAAAGAGCUAGUUCCUUAGAACUAGGAGAGAAAAAUUAUUCGUCAUGAUUCAUUUAGAUUACUCUUGGUAUAUCUCGGAUUGAGGUUUCUGGUUUUUCUUUCUUCCUUUUGUGGUUUGCUUAGGUAUAGUUUGCAAUUCAUCUUCUUUCAUGUUUCUUUUUCUUGUUCUUCUCUUUUGGGGUCUGAUUUGUGCUAAUGAAGUCUAGAAGUUGAAUGAGUCAUCUUUAAUCCAAAUUAUGU